CGCGUUAAAUUCCAUCUUCAAACCCGUGAGCAGAAGCUGCGUCAACCACGAAUGUCUACGUGCCGAGUACACGAAAGAAAAAGCGGUCUCUUUUGCAGCAUGCUUUGUUUUGGAAAUAUAUAAGGCAAUUUGAGUGAGCUAUUCCAGCAUUUAUCAAGCGGUUUAGAUUGUCGCCACACGAAAAGCUAUUGGCAACACACGGUGAAUUGCCACUGACGAGCCGGGGAUGACGAUGGCUCCUUCGACGAAAACCCCGACGAAAACCCCGGCGAAACAAAAGAAGCCGACACAGUCUAGUAUAACUGCGUUCACAAAGAAGUCUGUGGCUCCUACCAAUGAGCAGCAGCAGUUGGCGGCGAGUCCAAAUGCGCCGAUUGAGAUACUGUCGAGCAGUCCUGGCUUGGGUACUCCAAGUAAGCAGAGUAAUGGGAACAGACUGAAACGAAAAGCUCAGCCGUCGCAAAGUACCGGACGCGCGCUGAAGAUGGCGGGUGUCGCAGCGUCGACUCCAGGACGAUCGAGUCGUCGAAGUUUGAGUCGGGCGGCUGGCGGCAAAGGAGCUGAAGGUGGAGCGCUUUUGAAGUUCUUUCGAAGGAUUCCGAAGAGGAAUGGCGGAGGAGAAGAUUGCGAUGGACUGUUUGUGCUUGUCGAUGGAUAUGACGAUGACGAAGAUGGAGAGACGUUCACUAUGUCCGAAGCGCAGUCGUAUAUCAACGCACUUGAAGAGAGCGAGGCGAUUAGCGAAGCAAACGCCUUCGACGGAGCAGGAGAGGAGGAAGACACCGAAGAGGGAGGUUUGAUGCCAUUUGAGAUUGUGAUGGAAGAAGAGGAGGUAGAGGUUGAGGAAGACGAGACGGUCGGCUAUCGAGGUGAAUCGAUGCCCACAGAACCAGAAACGAAAACCGAAACAACAACGCAAGACACCACACUCGUCGAAUCUACACCUUCUUUACCGUCUACGAAAGGCGAGGUCAAAGCUGAAGAAUCUACAACGAUCGGGAAUAUAUCAACAGAGUACCAAGUAUGCCCUGUAUGCGGAACAGAUCAAAAAACAGAGACGAUUGAUCAACAUGUCAAUGAAUGCCUUGACGCAGCGUCGGUAAAAGUAGAGCACAUUGAGACUUUACCGACAGAGAUAAAGCAAGAAAAGCCUGAUGCCGCACCAUUUGCGUCAUCAGAGUCUUCUUCCAAGACUGCUAAUUCAUUUACACCAACGUCAGAGAAUAGUCUGACUACCCCCAAAAACGCUUUCACCAAACUGAUUGCGAGCCGCAAGGAAGCCAGCAAGUGGGCCGCUGCAGAGACGAAAACGACAGAUGAACACGCGCGUGUACCGUCUGGAAACGGCGCGGACGCGGAGAGCGGCAAAGGUCAGCCGAGAAAAUGUCCGUUUUACAAAAUCAUGAAUAUAUCGCCCGGAGUUGCGGUAGAUGCGUUUAGCUUUGGAGCUGUUCCUGAUGUGACUAUGUAUUUUCUUUCGCAUUACCACUCCGAUCACUACGGUGGGCUGUCCAAGACAUGGACGCACGGAAAGAUUUACUGCUCGCAAGCGACAGGGAAUCUCGUGAUCCAAAACCUGAAGGUUGAUCCCGAAUACGUUAUCAGGCUGCCGAUGAACGAGCGUAUUGAUCUUGGUCAGUUCUACGUGACCUUGAUUGAUGCAAACCACUGCCCAGGGUCAGCGCUUUUCUUAUUCGAAACGCCACGAACCAGGAUUCUCCACACGGGCGAUUUCCGUGCUUGUCCCGUGCAGGUUACGCACCCUUUACUUGCGGGCAAGAGGGUUGAUGUCUUGUAUCUCGAUACAACUUAUCUGAACCCUAAAUACGCGUUUCCCGACCAAUCCGACGUGGUCAACGCGAGCGCCGAGGUCUGCAGGAAGUUGACGGACGAUCCAGCGGAAAUUGAGCGAAGACUGGGCUCGCGUGAAGGCACAUCUGGAAUAAAAAACCUUCUUUCAAAGGUCAAAGGUGGUGGUGGUGCUGGCCGGUCGUCGGCUACGGCUGGUCGGUUGCUCGUUGUGGUGGGCUCGUAUACGAUCGGGAAAGAGCGCAUGGCGAUCGCGAUUGCGAAGGCCCUGAACACCAAAAUCUACUCUUCGGCUCGCAAACGCGCGACCUAUGCCUGUCUGGAGGAUCCGGUGCUAGACUCUUUUUUGACUGCGGAUCCUCACGAAGCACAAGUACAUCUUGUGGGAAUGCAAGAGAUGCGACCGGAUACUUUGAAGGAAUAUCUAGAGCUUUUUGAGUCGGACUUUGCCCGAAUCGUCGGAUUCAGGCCCACGGGAUGGACGUUCCGCCCUCCACAAGCGCACGUUGUCGCCAAGGGCCAAAGUGCGCCGUCGGUUGAGACGGUGAUCCAAAGCUGGAAGGUAGCUUAUGACGAGGCAGCGAUGGUUCCCGCACGUGGAUCGAGUGAGCGGUAUAUGUAUUUCAACGUACCCUAUAGCGAACACUCUAGCUUUCGAGAUCUGUCAUGUUUCUGCACGGCUCUGAAUAUCGGGCGCAUUAUCCCGACUGUGAACGUUGGAUCGCCAAAGUCAAGGGCGUUGAUGAAAGAGUGGAUUGAUAAAUGGGAAAAGCUACGCCGCAGGAGCGGCGGAACCUACACAAAAGUCGUGCCUGGACAAACCAGGUGGUGACUGCGUUUUCUUACACAAUCGGAAGGGCAAAACAAAAAAGGAGUUAACGGUGGUUUAGGUACACAAAAGCAAUGAAAGAGGAAAACCUGCAGAGAGUCAGCGGAUGUUCAUAACUCAUAUGACCAGGCGGGACAGAGGGUUGUCUCAGAAUUCUCAGAUCAGGCGCAGGACAGGACGCUAAGCUAAAGAAAGGAUUGCCCGCAGUUUGCGCAAGUGCAAUCCGAAAACUUCGGAUUUCAACGCGAUCUUAGCAGCGAUGGAGGAAACGUAUUUAUCUUUCUGCUGCUCCCGACCGUUAAGUUCUUCAGAGAAGAAAUUAGAGCCGAUGAGCUUCCAUCGUGUUGCCAUAUAUGUGCUCAUAUACUGUAUAUAUUGUCUAUAUUUAAUGGUGUGGAAGGCUGGCUGGAGGGAAUAAACUACUUUUGAUCUGAUAUAAUAGAGUCUGUAGAUGAUCUUAGAUGAUUAAUUCUGU